ACUCCCAGAAUCCCUUAGCAGUGUCCGAGGAAGAGGAGGAGAAAGGAAAUUCUUCCCAGGCAGCAAUGGCUGAAGAGGUGGAGAGGAAGCCGGUGCUUGAGAUGGUCCAGGCAGAUGGGACGGAUGGAAACUGUGUCACAUUUGUGUUACAUGAUGAGGACCACACACUUGGCAACUCCCUCCGUUACAUGAUCAUGAAAAACCCUGAAGUGGAGUUCUGUGGUUACAGCAUCACCCACCCAUCUGAAAGCAAAAUCAACUUUCGGAUCCAAACCAGAGGGGGGAUCCUGGCCGUUGAGCCAUUCCGGAGAGGACUAACAGAACUGGUGGACGUCUGCCAGCACGUGCUCAGCAAGUUUGAGGCAAGCGUAAAGGAAUACAAGGCCCAAAGAGAGGCGGAAAUGGACUAGCCCUGCAGCUGCUGGAGUACGGAGUGGACAUGUGUAUAUUGUUCAUGUAUGUUUAAUGCCCCUGUUGAAAGAGGUUUUAUUUUUUUAUGACAAAUCUGAAGCAAAUUGUAUAAUUUCUCUAAUAAAUGCUGUGAGGUUCA